AGCUGUCAGUCCAUGGAGUGUAAUUACUUCAGUAACAUGAAAAUAUUCCGAGGAAACUUACACCUAACUACAAUAUCUGUACACAACCUAAUAGACAAAUUUCCCUACUUUUACUAACCUGUUGCUGAGGAGGCUGCGUCGUCAGGACAUUAGGCUUUUUAGGUGGUGGUUGCUGCUGCUCCUCGUCAGUGGGUACAGCUGUUGGAGCCGGCUAUGAAAUCAUCGUGAUUUUAAAUUUUGGAUAAGAC